AAACUCGUGGUAGGUGGUGAGAGUCGGGGAGAGAAAUCUGAUUCUCAUAUCUCGGUAUCUCCUCAAACACAUUGUUUUCAUCAUACGAAGUUGACCCAUUUCCUCACCUAAAUCCGCCCAUUGUUUCAUUAAUCACACCUAACACACCCAUUCUUUCUCUUCAAAAUCAAACUACCAUUUUACUUUUUUGCCACAAAACAUUCCUUUCCCCAAAAUAUGGAUUACUUGGAAUCUCCUGAGAUGCAAAUUGUAGCCAUUGGAGUAGCAGUUGUUGUUGUUGCAGCUACAGCUUCUUGCUUAUUCUCCACCAAGAAGAAAUCUAGAGUUUGCUUGGAUCCUGAGAAUUUCAAGGAAUUUAAGCUGGUGAAGCGCACCCAGAUCAGCCAUAAUGUGGCUAAGUUUACAUUUGCACUUCCUUCUCCUACUUCUUUGUUGGGUCUUCCCAUUGGUCAACAUAUAAGUUGCAGGGGAAAGGACGGUCAAGGAGAAGAGGUCAUUAAACCAUACACUCCAACUACAUUGGACUCUGAUGUCGGACGCUUUGAGUUAGUCAUCAAGAUGUAUCCUCAAGGAAGAAUGUCACAUCAUUUCCGAGAGAUGCGUGUCGGUGAUUAUCUUGCUGUGAAGGGACCUAAGGGACGGUUCAAAUACCAGCCUGGUGAAGUUAAAGCAUUUGGGAUGCUUGCUGGAGGUUCUGGCAUCACUCCAAUGUUUCAAGUAGCUAGAGCCAUCUUGGAGAACCCGAAAGAUAAAACAAAAGUACAACUAAUUUAUGCCAAUGUGACAUAUGAAGAUAUUCUUUUGAAGGUAAUAGCACUAUAUUUACAAAUUUAUAUCCAUGUGAAAUAUCCAAGAAUUCUUUUGAAGGAAGAACUGGAUGGGCUAACCGAGAAUUAUCCUGAUCGUUUCAGUAUUUUCUAUGUCCUUAAUCAGCCUCCUGAAGGAUGGAAAGGUGGUGUUGGAUUUGUAAGCAAAGAAAUGAUCAAAGAACACUGCCCUGCACCUGCAUCAGAUAUUCGGAUCUUGAGGUGCGGCCCUCCGCCUAUGAACAAAGCUAUGGCUGCUCACCUGGAGGAACUGAGCUAUUCUUCAGAGAUGCAGUUUCAGUUCUGAUCAUACUAAUCCAUUAUUCCAUUCAUAUCGUGCUUCAUUUAGCACGUGAGAUUGGGUUAUGUCAUUGUUAUACCACUUUGAUUCAUUGGCUAGAUGUUGAACUACUUAGGCGAGGUGAUUUCUGCGAGUGUUUAAGUUGAUGCCAGAAAACUUGUUUAGCUUGUUUAUGUUGGCGUCAAGAUUAGAAAAUCUGUACGAGUGUUUGACUCAUUAAGUUCCUGUGUUGCUCGAUUAACAUUUUAGACAGCUGUUUCAACAACAAAUUAGCAGAAGGGUUGUUACUAAUAGAACAACACUGGCGUUGGUGAUGUUUAACAGUCUACAAAUUACAAGGGACGUUUUUCUUGCUA